AUCUUUGCUGCUGCUGCUGCUGUUGUUGAGGUUUCAGGUUUCGGGCGCUUUUGGUCAUUUUCUUUGUCAAUUUUAAUUAUUCCUGCGCCUCGUAGUUAUUUCAUCGUAUUUGUUCGGGAAGGCGACAAGGCGAGGUAUUCGGAUCUUUGCACGAGCAUCACAGGUCUUUCAGCCAUUCCACAAGUGGAAACUGCCGAGUCAGCUUCGGCGUCGGAAUCAACUCCGGCUGAUGGUCGUGUCUUCAUUCGUUGCUCUGAAUAA